AUAACAUACAUAGACGCAGGAGAUUAGUGCGCAAGGUUGGUGAGUGUUAUGGACGUUGUGAUAAGGAGAUCAGGAAUUAAAGAGAUUCAAGGGAUAUUAAAUGAUAAAGACUUUCCAGUUGCCAAAACAGCUAAUAAAUGGGAUACGGAAAGUCAUAGAUGUUAUUCACAGUACAGGAAUGUCAUUAAAUGUAUUGCAAAUAUUAAUCUCUCUUCGAAUAGAUUUUUUUUUUUAGUUUUUAUAAUUUUUUGUUAGCUAACAGAUGUUUUCUUGUUAAUCCCACAGUUUUAAUUAUUUAUACUCAAUACAGUUAUAUUGAAGAACAUUAUUAUUAUAACCACGUGAUAUGAAUGGUGUUAUAAAAUAAGUGAAAGAUUAUAUUUAUUUCAAGAGAAAGGUUUAUAGAAAAAAGGAUGUUUUUGUUUAGAAGCAGAUCAAGUAACUCGGAAAACAACAACAUGCCGUGUAAAGAUUUUUCACCCGAAGAUAUCGUUUGUAUAUGUUCCGAAAUAGCCCGAUCGGAUAACAUCCAAGUACAGGAUGCACGAAAAAAGAGUUUCUUUCGACGUUCAAGCAGUGAACUGGAUGUUCCAUCUUUGGAACGAAAAUCAUCAAUUGCUCGUAAACUGAGCUUAGUAAAUGGAAUUCCAACUUGCGAUGCCUCAUCGAAAACACGUAUUCCCGAGUCGCCAACCAUCGAUAAGUUCACUCGAAAAUUUAGCGUUGACUCCAAUCUAGAUAAACCAGAUAAAACAAAUAAGAGAAAAGAAACUAUUCCUGGACUUCGUGGACGGGAUGUUGUCGCCGUUGCCAUAUUAGUCGAUGAUAAAGGAUUGCCUAUAAAGACAUACACUGAAAACCAAGACAUUCCUGGCGAAGAAAUCGAAGCAGCGAAUCAUAUCUUCAUGUCACGCGUACCAGUGCAGAGAAAUCAUGCGCAAAGUGAUAAAAGCAACAAGAACAACAGCACUAGUAAUGCAAAUAUCCAAGCAUUAACAAAUGUCUUGACAAAUUUAGAUAAUAAUAAACAACAGAAGAUGAUGAAAAAACUUGAUAAAACUUUGGCUAAACUUCACACGACAGAUUUAACGACUGCCCUGUCGUUUUUGAAAGUAGACAGAUAUGCUGACGUGAGAAGGGAGAUAAAGGCUGAAUUGCUGUUGUUUGUUACCAAGGAUUUAAAGAUGGUAGUACUUUAAAGAUGGUAGUACUUUAAAUGUUGGAAGUUCUAAAAGUUAAUUCAGUCAAUAAGUUGCAGCAAAAAGUCAGACAAUACCUAAUAGAAAUUACCAACUCUAUUGGCGGAAACUUCCUAUCACUGUGGUAGAAAUAUUGGUGAAAGUUUCUUGUAUCUAUCGCCUUAAACGUUCCAAAGCUACGAGAUAAAAGAGAUCGAAUAUAGAUUGGCAUCCCUAACAGAGGUACAGAGACAUAACAGUGCAUUUAUAUAAAAUGAGAGAAACUGUUUAUUUUUUUACUAUCGCAAAAUUAGUGGAAUAACACAUAAGUUGUAAUGUAUAGCGAAAUAAAAGCGCACAGUCCUUUUC